CUACACCAUUAUCAAGCAACCUUGACUGAAAAGCUCCAGUACUAAGUUGCAAACGGAAACAGCUGUUUUAUCUUUAUAUUUUACCCUUAAACCAACAUUUUUAUUACCUUCUAGAUAUCAAACAAAUCCUAUGAAAACUCCAAAAACGGACGCAGUUUUCGAUAUGUUGCGUCGAAUUCUGUACGAGUCUCCGGGGAGAAAGCCCAUUCCCAUGGAUACAGCUGCAUUACGCCGUCACGAAUACAUUUCGUUGGCUUGGAACUUGUCUCGGCAGGAAAAACGGUGUCAACAGAGUCUUCAGUUGCGAAAGCAGUACCAAGAGAUGCAAAGGUCGUGUCAGGAACUUUAUGAGAUCAGUCGUGUCCUGUUUGACAAAGCUAUGGCGGAGCCGAAAGAGAGGCGGUUUCCCGUAGAUAUGCGUAUUCCAACGGAAACACCUCCUCGUAGCGCGUAGAGCAGACAAAGAGCCCAAUAAAAUACACCCAUGCCAGUUCAGUUCCCACUUGACACACCGUGCUUCCAGACAUGGAGAACGUUUCCAUUUCCAUUCCCUUUUCGUUUUUCCUUUCACGUCUCUCUUUAUUUUUAUCAAUCCGCUGUUUUUCUUCUCGACCUUAUAGCCAGAAGCGACGGCGGUCGGAUUCUUCACCAGCGUUACUCUCGAAGAAGACCUCACCCUUCUUGUUGUCCCAGAUGCCGCGUUGCACCAUGCGAAGCCGCAUGGUAAAACGGGGACCGAGUUCCUGGAGACCAGCUCCAAUUCCGUCGGGCAUUUGAGACUUUUCUUUGAACAUGUACCGAUGACGACGGAAAAACAGAAAGUCGCGCUGACAGUGAAUGGUUACAACCUGCCGUCCUUGAAUCUGAGGUUGUUGCAGAAAGAGAGACUGAAAUGCACGAGCGACAGUGAUACCGAGACGCGUCGAAAAGUUAUUGAUGAUUAACUCGGGAAUAUGACCGGUGGCGCGUCCGUGAUUCGAGAUUUCUUUCGCCAGCUGUAAACUGGACAAUGUAAAGUAGAAUGACGGUCCGCUGGGUAAGUGGACGAGCGUCAAUGCGUUCGUAACUUUAUGGUCUUCAUUCAGUACCAGCAGGUCUGUGUAGCCUCGU